AGUAAAAGCCUGAGCUGUCCCGAGGAUAGUCUCCAAAUGCCAGCUACAUGGCUGCAGCUUGUAGGCAGGCCUCUCACCAUGCUGGGGCAGGAGCCUUCAGCGGCUAUAGUGCUCUUCUGAAAUGCUGGGUGGAGUGCUUCCUUCCAGAGGCCUGGCCAUCCUCUGGAAACUCCAAAGCCUUUGGAGUUUCCUUAGGCCUUUUCUGUCGUCUAAGUUCUCCAUGAGGAGGACUGGACAAGAAUCCAUUCCCUGGCUAACAAGGAUGGCCAGUGAAGGGAAGGGUAUGAGGCUAUGGGCAGUGCAGUACAGGGUCCAGACAAGCAAGUUUUGGCUCCAUAUAAGAAAGAAUUUUAAAGCCAUCCCCCAGUGAAGCCAGUGGUCUCGUGGGUAGUGACCCUUCUGUCCCUGGAGGUGUGUUAUUGGAGGCUGGGCAGUCACCUGUCUAGGGAAAGAGAUACGAAUACAGUGGAAGGUUGGACUGGGAAGCCUGGGGUCCUUUCCAGCCCUCAGUCUGAGGUUCUGUAUUGGAAAGUGUAUGGAGCCACCGGAGACAGCCGCCUCACACUCCUCGCCUGGCCACUCGCUGCUGAGAGCACAAGGAACCUCCCACCCCCCCGGUUGGCCCCUCUGCCAUCCUGCUGAGCAAGCCGCUGUCUCCAACGCUGAAUCUCCCAGUCAGCCUGCCGAUCGCCAGGAGCGUACUGCUGUCUUCCGCGGGAUCGGUGUCCACUCACCCAGGACGCAAAGAGCCACCCGCCUGCAUUACAUCUUCAACUUGCCCUUCCGGUGGCGUCGUGCCUCCAUGCGGACUUGGUCUCCCCCGGUGACCCAGGCUACCACUCCUGCCACCACAGGGCCUCCCAGCCUCCCUACCAGUGCCCAGGCACAUCCUGCCUACCCACAGAGGGCCAUCAGCCCACCCCGCCGGGCACGCAGAGCCCCGAGACGCCACAGGAGUUCCCGCCAGUUAGGCCAGUGGCUCGACAAGUUUUUUUCCUUCCCUCUGUCUUCCAUGGCUUCCCAGCUUAAUGCCUCUUCCACCAGGUGUGUGUGGGGAGGCCAGUCACCCUCAACUCUGAGGACGAGAGCUUCCUCUAGGGGCUCUAGCAGGGCCUUCAUGGAGAAUCCCCAAGUCCAGGGCUCACAAGAUAUCUCUCUGACUGCAUUCCCUCCACUCGGCCCUCCUGAAAGGGCCCCCAUCAGUCUGGGCCAAGGCCCUCUUCCGACAGGCCUUGAGCCCGGAGUGUGUGUCUCUUCCAGGGCUGCUGGCCUGCCACACCACUCGCUGUAGCCUUGUGGCCAGACACCCCUGCCUGAGCCCCUGAGCACUUCCUCCAGCCCACACACCAAAGGCCUGUGCAGAGUAGGCAUUCAUUAACUUGGUCAAGGAAUGAAUGGCUCCGUGGAACCCUAGCAGGGAGGGAGAUUCCGGUCCUCUGUGGCUGUGAGGGCAUGGCUGAGGUUCAGGCCAACCUUCGUCACAGGCCUCUUUGCCCAAGAAGGAAGAUCCUUGCACUUUGCUGUGUUUCCAGCCCCCACCCCACUCCCUACCCAAGCAUUGU